AACUGGUUCGAAGUUGGCCAGGAUGCAAUGAUGGCGUUACAUGUCAAUAAUAGAGAUGCUGCUUAUUAUCACAGUGCCGAUUAUUACAGAAAUUCGGUGCCUUUGAACUAUUGGAAUAACAGACAUUAUUUCGCCCGGUUACCAGGACCAGAGUCUGUGCUGAAGCCUUCAAUGAGCCUAUUUGGCCAGCAACAACCGCUGUUCCAGCCAAUGCCUUCUACACAUACCCUUGGACCCCCUCCACAGACCCUCAGACCGUCUACACCAGUGGUAGUGGCCCCGGACCCCCUCCUUUUCCCCCUCUACAGCCCUCUGUCUGCCAAACCUCCCACUCACCUCCAGCUGAUGCAGGGCCCCCCCUGCCCUGUCCCCUGCCCUGUCCCACCUCCCACUGCCCAGGUGGCCCUCAGCACCAUGCCCCAGGAGGAAGAGGCUCAGAUCGGGGCCACAGACCAGAACACUACCUUGGAUGAGCUGUGUAAGCCUCUGUACUGCAAACUGUGCAACGUCACCCUCAACUCUGCUCAGCAGGCACAGGCCCACUACCAGGGUAAAAACCACAGUAAGAAGCUGAGAAAUUUCUAUGCAGUGAGCCAGCAGCUGCCUGCCAUCAGGAUUCCGGAGGUAAUAGAGACAGUUUCCCAGCAACCCCUCACAACUCCAACGACUGACAGUGCAACUCCCAAACAGCCGGUGUCAUUUAAGGGUGCCAGCAGUGUGAUCUUAGCCACAGAGAGCGACUACUGCAAGCUGUGUGACGCCUCGUUCAGCUCCCCUGCCGUGGCUCAGGCGCACUACCAGGGCAAGAACCAUACCAAGAGACUGCGGCUGGCUGAGGCUCAGCAGAGCAGUAGCAUCCUAGAGUCGACUGAGUGUGUCCAGAGGCGUCCAAGGAAAGAUGGGAGCGAGUACAAGUUGAUCAAGAACCGCAGGACCUCACAGGUGCCUCCUGCCAUGCCAGCCCCCUACUACAACCCCCGGCCCAGGCAGAGGAUCCCCAGGGACCUGGCCAUGUGUGUGACGCCCAGCGGCCAGUUCUACUGCUCCAUGUGCAAUUCUGGGGCCAGCGAGGAAGCCAACUUCCGCCUUCACCUGGAGAGUAAGCAGCACAAGAGCAAGGUGUCGGAGCAGCGCUACCGCAGCGAGAUGGAGAAUCUGGGCUACACUUAGGAGGGCAGCGCCGCAGCACAGGGGAGGAGAGUGGAAUGGGGUGGGGGUUGUUCACACUGAAUUUUGCCAAUAGUAUAGAAAAAGAAACACCAGGCUGUGGGGUAUUUGGGAAGUUUAUCUGAUAAUCGGUUUCCUUCCCCCGGUUUAAACCUUGUUAUUACUUGAGUUUGAGUAGCUGAACAUUGCUAUGUUUAGUAGAGGAAAGCAAAGUUAUAUUACAUGCUUCUACCAGACCAGGUGAAUGUACUGUGAAUGCGAUGACAAUUAUUUGCACAAACAAGUGAUAGGUAUUUUUUCAAGUGUAAAAAUCUGACAGACUGUUCUCUUUCCUCAUUUGUGUUUACAUGGGUUUCGUACGACUCCAAGCAUCUUGGACAUGCCAGUAAACUCAACCUCUUGUCCUGGGAUACUAUAAAAGCCAGCUGCUGUAAGCCCUUGACUUCCCUAUGGGAGGUCUGCUUUUCGAAGAGCAGAGUACCUCAGGAGAAUAUAGAGCUGGACAGAGCAGGACUAGCUUUAAUUGGGGGAUUUAGGGUAAUUUCCACAUGGCCUCUACUCUGUUUCAUUUAGUGAAAAGGGAGUUUAGGCAGUUCAAAACCCAAUUUGUUCAGAGGAGGAACACUUGAGUUCAUAUUCCUAUAUAUCUGCCCCUUAAUCCAAUGCAUGUGUACAAGUAAAUCUAGGCAUUCAUUGUCUGGUUCUUUUUUUUUCAGUCAUAGAAAAAUGAUCGCUCGUUAACAUUGUAUUCACUCUGGCUCUCAGAUAAUGUGCUUUUUUGUGUCAUAAAUGCUCUUGUAACCUAUUUUAAUAUGGCAUUUUUUGUUGCUCUAGACCAUAGUUUCUUUGUUUUAAUUUAACAUUGCCUUUUAAUUCAUGAGAUUGACUGUAUUUCGUUUUCUAUUUAUGUUUUUAUAGACAAAUACAGUGGGGAAAAAA